AUGGCUCGUGAUAGCUAUGUCAAGCGGAUCCUAGGCGAGGAUUGCGUGGCGACGCUUCGAAACAGCAAGGUCCUCAUGGUUGGGGCUGGCGGUAUCGGCUGUGAACUCAUCAAGGAUCUCGUGCUUUUGGGAUACGGCGAAGUCCACAUCGUUGAUCUCGACACCAUCACCCUUUCCAACUUGAACCGCCAGUUCUUGUUCCGCCAAAAGGAUAUCGACAAGUCCAAAGCCACCACCAUCAGUCAGUCGGUCCAGCUGUUCAACUACCACAACAGUAAGCUCAAGCCGCACCAUGGCAACAUCAUGGACACCACCCAGUUCCCCAUGCUGUGGUGGCAACAGUUCGACUACGUGUUCAAUGCCUUGGACAACAUUGAGGCCCGGCGCUACGUCAACAAAAUGUGUCUCUUCCUCAAGACUCCGCUCAUGGAGCUGGGUACUGAAGGCUACGAUGGUCACGUUCAACCGAUCUUCCCUUACGCCACCGAGUGCUUUGACUGUGACGUGAAGGAAACCCCCACCACUUAUCCCGUGUGUACCAUUCGACUGACGCCGUCGCAACCGGUACAUUGCAUCACCUGGGCCAAGGAGUUUUUGUGGCCUCUGUUGUUCGGCGAGGACCACGAAGAAGAUCUUCUGGAGGCCACCGACAACCAACAAGAACUUAGUGCGCUUAAGCAAGGUAACAAUGAGCUUCAAGUCUUGAAAGAACACCGGUUGUCUGCUGACUUUUUCGAGAAGAUGGUCAACACUCUCUACACCACUGACAUCGAGCAAUUGUUGCGUAUUGACGCCUUGUGGAAAGAACGCAAGCGCCCCACCCCGUUAGUGUUUGCUGACUACACCGAAGAGAUUGCCAACAGUACUCAAGAUGUCAUUACUGACGACACGCUGAUGUGGCUGGUGGGACAAAACUUGUAUGUGUUAAGCCAAGCGACUGCUAGCAUUCAAAACCGCAUUCAAGAAGGCGAAACUAUCAUUGCUUUCGAUAAGGACGAUGAAGACACUCUUAACUUUGUUGCUGCUGCCGCCAACCUACGGAGUUUUGUGUUUGGCAUCCCGUUGAAAACCAAAUUUGACAUUAAAGAAAUUGCUGGCAAUAUCAUCCCUGCCAUUGCCACCACUAAUGCAAUCAUUUCGGGGCUUCUGUGUUUGGGAGGCACUCAAUACUUUGAGUAUCUCAGCACCACCCCCGACGGCGCCGCCAUCAAAGCUGGGAAGACUGACUACACGCAAGUUGCUGACCUGCUGAAGGUGGCCUACAUUGCUAUAGCCCCGAAUAAGUUUUUACUGGCGGGUAAACCGGCCCCGUCUCGUCCAAACUGUCCGCUGACGGCGUUACUUUCGCGAGGAGUGCUCGAUAUCAGUGAUGAUGACUACCAUAAACAAUCGCUCGGAUGGUUUGCCGACGAGUUAGUCAAGCACUACGGAUAUUCUCGUGAUGGCAUUCUGAUUUCCAUUGGGCUGAAACUUGUCUACGAUGUUGACUUUGACGAUAAAGUCGACGAUGCUCUCGACACCGUUCCUAGUUUCGCUCCCGGACAAAUCGUUCUCGUUCAGGAUGACGACGACGAGUUGGAAAACUUGGAGUUGUAUAUUACCGGCGGCGCUGCCUCCACCAAGUUCCCUGAAUUGAAAUUACGAGCGAAGCAGACGCCGCCAGCGGCUCUGGACGCGUCACCGGCAGCAGAGUCUAAUGGUGACACGGUGGUCAUUGAUGACGAUGAAGGCGAUCUUGUGAUGGUGGAAGUGGAGGAUGUUGAAGAGGAGCCUCCCCGCAAAAAGCAACGCACUUAG